AAAUAUAUUUUUAAAAAUUUGAAAAUUGAAAAAAAAGUUAUUCUUUUAUCAGGCCUUCAAGAUGAUGAUCUCCACGUAUCAGCAUGACUAUGUGCCGCCAAAUUCAAAGCGGUACGAGUUUAUGAGCCACCUGAAGGCCAAAGAUGGUCUGGGUGGGGGAAAGAUAGUGGAAUGUGAAUGCAUAGCGGAGGACAAGAUUAAGGCGCAUCCGGAUGCAGUCAAGAAUUGCGCGGCCGUCGAGUGGACGGGGAUAGCGCCGAUGGGGCGAUUGAUCGAUCCACGUUUGAUACCCGCCGAACUGCCGCAGGAUCAAAUCGAUCAGAUGGCAAUGUCGCCGGAAUCUGAUUGCCUGAAACUGCAACCGAAUCGGUUCCUGAAAAUCUUACGCAACGUCUACCCAGAUUUGUACGAGCGCCUGAAGCUGAUGCCCAAGGGAGAAUUGGGCCGCAGACUGGAAACGAAUCGCAUGUACACGACCUAUCAGAUCGACUACUGCGACGUCAAGGAGUAUCCCGAAGGCAUCUACGAGAGCUUGAAGCCCAACGACGAGGUAUCCAAGAUCAAAUCUGACAAGCUAAUGACGAAUAAGGCGCCGUGCUCAGAGUUCCGUUCGGAUGUGAUGAAACAGUUAGAGCGCGAAAAUGCCACCGGCUAUGAGGUGAAGGCCGAUGAAUGUGAGCAGGCGUACAAGCCAUUCCAGGCAACAUUCUCGGACUCUGCGCAGUUCGUCAAUUCUGGCAAUAACUCGCAUUGGAAGACGGCGUCCAGCACCUUCAGCAAAUCGCCCAACUUCUCAGAAUACAUGGACUCCAUCAGUCGCAACGGCUGCAUCAUAAUGCGCAACAAGCUGCACGAUCACUCCAAGUGCUUGGCGAACCAUUGCAGACACGAGAUUCGGUUCAACUGCACCGACAUGAAACCUUAAGCCCUGUUAUGUGUAACUGUUCUUUGUUCCCAAUCUAUCGCUACACUGUAUCAUGUCAUUUG